AUGAGCAUCUCCAGCACUGCGCGUAAUCCCUCGGACCAGGAGUGCGCCUGUCUUCCAGUCCAGAAGGAGUGCCUUGGCCUCCCUUCACCUGCUCCAAGAACCUCCUCCUGGCCUCCCUCUCCGGACGAGGAUCCCAGGUUGCCACCCUUUCCUCUGGAAGAGCCUGGUCCCAGGCCCCUGGCCCCAGGAAACCUUCCCUCUCCAACUUUGUCCCUGGAAGAACAGGAGAAGGAGGACGAGGAUGAGGACGAUGACGACGUGGUGCAGCCAGAAGGGUUGCACAGCGAAGAGCACCCGACCCAGUUCUUCACCGAGGCACAGCGGCUGCGGGAACAGAGGCUGUUGCUGGACGAAGAAGUGUCUGUUGGGGAGCGAGUGUAUGGAGUGCAUCGGGUCGUCUUGGCUGCAGUCAGCAGCCUCUUCAGAAGCAGACUGCAGGGCAGCCCAGGUCCACAGCAGAGGUUAAGCCUCGAUGUAAACCCCAGGGGCUGGGAGGCAGUGCUGACCUUUGCCUAUGAGGGGGUGCUGGGUCCGGCCCCACUUCAGGAUGUGCUGGCUGCAGCUGAGGUCCUGGGAGCACCCCGGGUGAAGGCUGCAGCCCAGCAGAGAAAUGAGAGGGCUGGAAGCACGCGGGAAGAAGAAAUGAAGCUCAGCCAGGCAGAGGAGCUGAGGGAGAACUUGCGAAGGAUCGAACUCCUAUACCAAGAAGGCAUCGGCUGUGACCUAGAGCUGGAAGCAGAAGGCUGCAGACUCAGGGUGCACCGAGCCGCCCUUGCCUGUGGCAGUGAGUUCUUCGGCGCUAUGCUUCUGAGUGGGAUGAAGGAAUCUCAGGGCACAGAGGUGUCUCUGCACACCAUCUCCGCUGAGGACCUGCGGCUCCUUGUCUCUUUUGCCUACUCCGGCUCUGUGCGAGCAAGGUGGUCAGGGCUGCUGAGAGCUGCACAGACUGCUCUGCAGUACCAGAGCUCUUCCUGCCUGGCUCUGUGCCAGAGAGCCUUGGCACGGGACCUCAGUCCUGCCAGGUGCCUGGCCUUGUUCCCCAUGGCGGAAGCCCCUGGAUUAGAGAGUCUCUGGAGCAAAGCCCGUCAGUACCUCCUCACUCACCUGCCUGCUGUGGCGUUGUGCCCCGCUUUCCCGUCUUUACCAGCUGCCUGCCUGGCUGAGCUCCUAGACAGCGAUGAGCUUCACGUCCAGGAGGAGUUAGAGGCCUUUGUGGCUGCGCGAUGUUGGCUAGCAUCCAACCCCGAGACCGACGAGUCAGAGGCCAAGGCCCUGUUGCGAUGCGUCCGCUUUGGCCGCAUGUCCACCAGGGAGCUGCGAAGAGUGCGGGCAGCUGGGCUUCCCCCGUCCCUGCCCCUGGACAUGCUGCACCAGCUGAUGGUGGAGGCCGAGGUUCCAGGUCAGGAGAGGCGCAGGGAGCCUGACCGGGCGCUGGUGGUCAUCGGUGGGGAUGGGCUCCGAUCAGACAUGGCUGUCAGACAGCCAUCCCGCGGAGUGUGGUGGGCUCGGGCCUUCUGCUGUGGCAUGGGACUCGUCCGGACUGUGGAAUGGGGGCGGCUGCCUGCCCUGCCUGCCCCUGGUCGCUUCCGCCAUGGGGCUUCGAGCCCGUCAGGAAGCGAACUCUAUGUAUGUGGAGGACAGGACUUCUACAGCCGCUCCAGCACGCUGGCUUCAACACUCAGAUGGGAUCCCAGUCAAGAAGAGUGGGAGGAGAAGGCGCCUUUGUGCCAGGCUCGGUGCCUUUUCCCCUUGGUGGCACUGGACAGCCAACUUUAUGCCCUGGGUGGGCGAAACAAUGGUAUUGCCCUCAGCUCUGUGGAGACCUAUAACCCGGAACUCAAUGUCUGGAGGCCAGCACCUGCGCUUCCAUCUCCGCGCUUUGCCCACGCAGCUGCUAUUUUGGAAGGCAGACUGUAUGUGAGCGGUGGCUGUAGUGAAACAGACCAAUACCUGGCCUCCCUGCUGCACUAUGACCCUAAACUGGAGAAUCCAGGGACACUUCUGAGCCCUAUGGGGAUACCUCGGGCUGGCCAUGUCAUGGCUGCUCUGGGUGGGCGCUUGUAUGUAGCAGGUGGGCUGGGUGAGACUGGGGACUUACUGAGUUUUGAGGCCUAUGAACUAAGAACUGAUAGUUGGACUCACCUUGCGCCUCUGCCUUCCCCCCAUGUAGGGGCUGCAGGUGCCGUGUUACAGGGGGAGCUACUAGUGCUGGGGGGCUACAGUCAUCGUACCUAUGCCCCCUCCCACCUCAUUCAUGCCUACUGCCCUGGCCUGGGCCGAUGGCUCUGCCUGGGAACCCUACCCAGACCUCGAGCAGAAAUGCCUGCCUGCAUCCUGACACUGCCCACUGUACAACAUGUAACUCUAGGUCCCACCCUGUCCCAGACCAAGCCUGCUGGGUGAAGAGGGCAUAGCAGCA